CAGCUGCUUCCACAAACCUCAAAAGCAGCUCCCUUUUCCCUUUUUUUCUCUAUUCCCCUCUUUUAUUCUUGCCCUUUUGGCCUUUUGGUUUUCUUGGGGUUUUAUUCAAAUUUAAUUUUCUUUCUGGGGUUUUUUCUUCUGUGGGGGUUUCAUUUGUAUGGUUUUGGAGGGCAGAGAGGAAGGAUUCCAUGGCUGCUCUGCUAUUCUUCUUCCUAUUGGCGGUGUCUGCAGUUUCUGCUGAAAAAGAUGCUGUAAUUGGUGUAAACCUCGGUACAGACGUCUCUGAUAUGCCUAGCCCAACUCAAGUGGCGGCACUUCUUAAAGCUCAAAAUAUUCGACAUAUCAGACUCUAUGAUGCAGACAGAGCCAUGCUCCUCGCUCUUGCAAACACAGGCAUCCAAGUGACUAUUUCGGUUCCUAAUGAACAGCUCCUUGGGAUUGGCCAAUCCAAUGCCACUGCUGCCAACUGGGUUGCUCGCAAUGUGAUAGCCCAUGUCCCUGCCACCAACAUCACUGCUAUAGCUGUGGGAUCUGAAGUCCUUAGUGCCCUCCCAAAUGCUGCUCCAGUCCUAGUUUCUGCCCUGAAAUUCAUUCACUCUGCACUUGUUGCAUCUAACCUUGACCGCCAAAUUAAAGUCUCUACUCCGCACUCUUCCUCCAUUAUUCUCGACUCCUUUCCACCAUCCCAAGCCUUUUUCAAUCGCUCAUGGGAUCCGGUCAUGGUUCCCUUGCUCAAGUUCUUGCAGUCUACUGAUUCAUAUCUCAUGCUCAACGUCUACCCGUAUUUUGAUUACAUGCGCUCCAACGGUGUAAUCCCCUUGGACUAUGCACUUUUCCGCCCUCUUCCUCCAAACAAGGAAGCUGUCGAUGCUAAUACACUGCUACAUUAUACCAAUGUAUUCGAUGCUAUUGUUGACGCAGCGUAUUUUGCAAUGUCCUAUCUAAACAUCACUAAUAUCCCCAUUGUAGUGACCGAGUCAGGUUGGCCCUCCAAGGGUGACUCAUCAGAGCCAGAUGCCACACUUGACAAUGCCAACACUUACAACAGUAACUUAAUUAGGCAUGUGCUUAACAACACGGGGACUCCUAAGCAUCCUGGGAUUGCUGUUAGCACUUAUAUUUAUGAGCUCUACAAUGAGGAUUUGAGACCUGGGUCUGUCUCUGAAAAGAAUUGGGGGCUCUUUAAUGCAGAUGGAGUGCCGGUUUAUACCUUGCACUUAACAGGUGCUGGAACUGUGUUGGCAAAUGACACAACGAACCAAACCUUUUGUGUUGCGAAGGAGGGUUCCGACAAAAAGAUGCUACAGGCAGGCUUGGAUUGGGCUUGUGGGCCAGGGAAAGUUGAUUGCUCGCCUUUGCUGCAGGGUCAACCAUGUUAUGAACCGGAUAAUGUGCUCACACACGCAACAUAUGCUUUCAAUGCAUAUUUUCAGCGGAUGGCCAAGGCUCCUGGAACUUGUGAUUUCAAAGGGGUGGCUACUGUUACUACCACAGACCCAAGUCACGGAUCUUGUAUAUUUCCAGGAAGUGGCAGAAAAAAUAGCACUUUCACCAAUGCAACAUCACUGGCACCAUCUUCGAAUUCCACUACUUCUGGGUGCCUUUCACUAUUUUUCAACAGUGGCGGUUCCUUCACAAGCUCUGUGAUCAUCGGUUUCUUAGUUCUGAGUGCAGUUCUGUUGUAGAACAUGAUGAAUUUGUAUUUCCUGCGAAACUCUUUUGAUGGAAAGGAAACAUUUUUUAGAGACUCUGAUAGGCACCUGUUGGGAAACUUGCAGCAAUACCCAAUUUUGUACCCUCCCAGGAGGAAUUAGGGGGUGGCAAGCUUUGAUUUGAACAUAUAGGAAGCAGCAAAUAGGAGUUGAAAGGUGAGUACCUGUCCAUUGGAAUUUGUUGAAACAAAUCGGAAGGGGGAGAGCAUUUAGGAUUGUUUUCUGCAACUAUCUUGUUUGCGUAAAUCUGGUUUUCGCUGACGGUUGUAUUCUUUUAGUCUUGAUUUUGAUCUGUCCAUUUAUUCAACUAGACGAAUUCAGGAUGUAUGAUCUUCGUGUAAAUCUGCCUGGUUUCUUUCAAUCCGACCGACUUUUCUUUCGUAA